AUGUUACGCAGCAUUGUUCGCGUCCCUAGUAUUACUUUUGCUUCUAAAGAAGCAAUGAGACCAGUGCUAAGGAAAACUACCUUGGCCCAUUUUAUGAAUCAUUACAGAUCGUUAUCCGUAUCUGCAACCAAGUUACAAGAGAUUAAGAAAUAUGACCCUGCCCCUGCAGUAGGUAGUCCAAAACCUAAGAAGAAGCCAUUAAGUAGGAUACCCAUUGGCGGUGCUGAAACUCAUACCCAAAAAGUUGAUACAGGUUCUACCAUCGAAUUUACUACCUGGAAAGCAGCAGCUUUGUUCAUUCUUAUCGGAGGCGGGGUGUACUAUUUCUUUAAAAAUGAGAAGCAAAGAUUAGAGACCGAGAAGGAGGCGGAAGCUAACAGAGGUUACGGUAGGCCAUUGGUCGGAGGUCCCUUUAGUUUGAUUGAUUUUAAUGGGAAUCCAUUUACAGAGAAAGACUUGCUAGGCAAGUUCUCUAUCAUCUAUUUUGGUUUCAGUCAUUGUCCAGAUAUUUGUCCAGAUGAGUUAGAUAAGUUAGGAGCAUGGUUAACUGAGUUAAAGAAGCGUGACAUCAAUUUGCAACCUGUUUUCAUUACUUGUGACCCGGCUAGAGAUCCACCAGAAGUCUUGAAAGAAUACCUAAGCGAGUUCCACCCUGACAUUAUCGGUUUAACUGGUGACUAUGAUGCCGUGAAGAAUGCUUGCAAAAAAUACAGAGUCUAUUUCUCUACUCCACCAAACGUCAAACCUGGCCAGGAUUAUUUAGUUGAUCAUUCCAUUUUCUUCUACUUGAUGGACCCAGAAGGUCAAUUCAUUGAUGCCCUAGGUAGAAACUAUGACGAACAGACUGGUGUUGAAAAAAUCGUCGAACAUGUAUCUGCUUAUGUUCCAAAGGAAGAACGUGAAAAGAGAAAGGACAAAUGGUAUUCCUUCUUGUUUUAA